UUUUCUAAAAUAAUACUGGUAAUAUUUCUGGUAUUUCUUUACUCUACUAAUAACAAUAACAAACAACUAUAAUAUCAUAUAAUGUCUGCAAUUUUCAGUACUGUGCCUGAGGCUAUAGAAGCAUUUAAAAAUGGUGAAUUUUUGGUGGUGAUGGAUGAUGAAGACAGAGAAAAUGAAGGUGAUUUGAUUAUAGCUGCCGAGUUGGUAACCCAAGAAAAGAUGGCCUUUUUAGUACGUCACUCUUCUGGUUAUGUAUGUGUUCCAUUGUCCACUGAAAGAGCUGACAAGUUGGAUCUUCCUCCAAUGAUCCCAAACAAGAGUGAUAGACAUGGUACUGCUUACACCGUGACUUGCGACUAUGCACACGGUACCACAACUGGUAUCUCGGCCCAUGACAGAGCUUUAACUGCUAGAAGUUUGGCAAGCGCCAGCUCCGCACCUGAUGAUUUUAUCAAGCCGGGUCACAUUCUUCCAUUGAGAGCUGUUCCAGGUUUAUUGAAGAAAAGACGUGGGCACACUGAAGCCGCUGUUCAGCUCUGUGAGCUUGCCGGCUUACAACCCGCUGGUGCCAUCUGUGAGUUGGUCAGAGACGACGAUGGGUUGAUGAUGAGACUCGAUGACUGUGUGGAGUUUGCAAAGAAGUUCAACAUCAAGCUCGUCACAAUUGAACAACUUGUCAAGCACAUAAGCUAGUCACCA